AUGGCUCCAAAUUUUGGAACGAACAUAAUUGGUAGUGGAAAGUGUUCAAAUGUGAGCGGAUUAUUUGAAGAGCCGUUUAUCGGAGUUCCAAAAAUUGUCCAGUUCAUAACGCAAGAUUGUCAGGCAUACUUUAACAACCCCACGCAACAGUCCAAAUGCAAACAAAUGGCAAACAAUAUCUACGCAGUUCUGGUAGCAUCACCUAACAAAAAUAUGACGCAUAAGAUGCAUUUGACCGCUGAUAUCGUAACCGUUUAUAUAUUCAACGAUCCAAUGCCACCGUUACGCAAAAAAUUUGUGCAGAACGCAACGCUAGGAACAUGGGGAACACUCGAAGAACUUCUGAAUUGCACAAAGAUGGCAACACCGAGUCAAACACCAUCACAGAGCGAUUGUUCAGAUAUUAAAAGCCUGGUGACUCCUCUAGUACAAGGUGCUAAUCCACCAAUAGUCUACUAUCUGAAAGAAGGCGCAACGCCAACGUAUCCAUCAAACUGUAGUCAAGCCGAUCGAUUGUUCAUUCCUCGAAACAACUCUCCACUUGUUAAAUAUUUAAUCGAAGGUAAAAUUACCUGUCGAACGAGCAAUCAUCCUUAUUUUGUCCUCCAUGAACUACCUUCAAUAAAAUAUCUCUUCAAGGAGCAGAGGUUUGAAAAUGUGAACAUGUGUGGAAUGGUUGAAUGUUAUGAAAUCGAGUAUAUGAAUCUCUCGACGAAUCCAAUUCAAAAUCAGACAUAUCCGAUGAUAGCGAAUUACCUUGCGACCUGUCUUUUCUCUCUGUGUGGGCGCAGGUGUACCCAUCCCCAUGUUACUCUAUGUUGA